UUGUCUACCAGUUACAAACCUCUGCGAUGCAGAUCUGUAGGAGUCACCAGCAAGUCAAGAAUUUCAUCUGUGAAACUGACAAGAGCCUACUGUGUUUGCUGUGCUCUCAAUCCCCAGGGCAUGCCACUCACAGACACUGUCCAGUAAAGGAGGCUGCUGAGUAUUACAGGGAGUUUCUCCUGAUGCAAAUGAAGUCUAUUUGGAAAAAUAAACAGAAAAAUAAGAGAAAUCUAAACAGAGAGACCAACAUAAUCAGAGCAUGGGAGGGUUUUGUAAAUCUGCGGAUGGUCAUGAUCAGGGCUGAAUAUCCUAAGGUGUAUCAAUACCUCCAUGAAGAAAAGCAGAAACAUUUAGAGACCCUGGCAAAGGAAGGCAAGAUAAUUUUUCAGCACCUCAAGAGAAGCGAAGCGAGAAUGGCUGAGAGGGGGAUACUCCUGAAAGAAAUGUAUGAGGAGCUGAAGAAAAUGUGCCAUAAAGCUGAUGUGGCCCUGCUCCAGGAUUUGGGAGACAUAAUAAAAAGAUUGAAUUUUCAAGGAAUGUAUUUGAAAAACAAGAUUGACAAAAGCAUUAAAAUAUUAUAUAUUACCUUGGAUCAUAAGAUAGGCAGUUAUCACGUGCCUCUGUUCGAAGACCUGAGACGUUUGCAAGGCAGCCCUGACUAUCCAAACAUGCCUCAUAACCCGGCAAGUUCAGAGUAUGCUCCUUCAUGGGGAGCUCAGACCUUCUCCUCUGGCAAACAUUACUGGGAGGUAGAUGUGGGAAACUCUUGUAAUUGGGUUGUAGGACUUUGCAGAGAAUCCUGGACAAGGAGGAAUGACAUGCGACUUGACUCUGAGGGCAUCUUUCUACUUCUUUGUGUCAAGGUGGAUGACCAUUUCAAUCUCUUCUCUACUUCCCCAUUAUUACCUCACUAUAUUCAAAGGCCUCAGGGCUUCUUAGGGGUGUUUCUGGAUUAUGAAUGUGGUACAGUAAGCUUUAUUAAUGUUGCCCAAAGUUCCCUCAUUUGUAGUUUUCUCUCAUGUUUCUUCUGUUUCCCUCUCAGACCUUUCAUUUGUUAUGGACCCAAAUGAUCAGGGUCAGGUCGCACACCUGACCAAGGUGAUGGGAAUUCUAAUAGUGAAGGAGUUUCCUAUCCUGGUGACUUCUUUAAUGGGGGAAUCAGUUAUACUUCAUUAACUUCAUUUUACCUUCAGGAGAUAUAAUAAUUUUACCAUUUUUUAAAGUGUUGAUAAUGUUAAGUAUGUGCAUUCGUCUUUUCUAUUUUAUUUAAAUAAAAGCAAUAUCUUUUAUUA